UUGGAUCACAGUCAGUUGAAGCAGUUAUGCGACGAUGCAUUGACUAAAAUUGAGCAACUUACUGUUAAUUCGUCCAAAGUUGGUGUUGGUGGCAAACAGUUGGAUCUGCUCAAAGCUGAUCUGCGUAGUUCGGUGUUGGCGGCCGGUGCUAAUAAUGCUAAAGUGGCAGCUGCACAGGAUUUAAUGAUCGCUGUAGCGGACUUCUUGUAUCGUCUCUAUCAUCAGCUUGUAUCAACGCACGGUUUGGAGGCGGAUAAAAGUGCGGCUGAGGUUAUGAAAAAAUUGCGACAAUUCGCUAAGGACAACGCCGAAAGCGAAGAAUCAGCGCAGUGUAGUGUAUUUAGAAACUUAUUUUCGUUUAUUUCCAUCCAUCUGUUUAUUCCAUAG